ACAGAAGAGUUGGGACGGAGGCUAGCAGUGGGAAGGGAGAGGCAGGGCACUGGGCGAGCUAGCGCGCGCGCGAGGGUGGCUGCUGCUGCUGCGAAGUCCUCCCCAAACACACUUCAAUGACCAGGAGAGCUUGGGCGAGCCGCGCUUUCCUGCCGGGGCACGAGCAGCACCGCCUGCCUCGGAGGAGUUUGCCAGAGCCAGGCUCGCCAGCCCGGGGGGCUUUUGGCGUAGGGCAGGACCAGCCCCUGGAAGGAAUUCUCGCCCAAGAGACGUCUGACGGGGAAUUACUGGAGUGGCGUUUGCCGAAGGAACAACCGAGACUCUGGAUCGAUCCCCCCAUCCCCACACCCACCCUACCCCCUUCUUUCCUCCCUUCGUGGAAGAUGAACACAUCGCAUGUUUCUCGCGCCCAGUCGCAAUACUGAAGCUGCCCGUGUAGUAAUGACAAAGGAUUGCAAAGGCGAGAGGGGAUCGAGUUUCGCCGAGCGAGCUCCGUAAAUGGAUUACUAAAUGGGACACUCCACCGGCUAGCCCUCCAGCUUCCCCGACGCGCGCACCGACGAGGGUGAAGUGAAGAAGUAAAGUCUCCCAGCUGAACUACUAUGAGGUCAGAAGCCCUGCUGCUAUAUUUCACACUGCUACACUUUGCUGAGGCUGUUUUCCCAGAAGAUUCUGAGCCAAUCAGUAUUUCGCAUGGCAACCAUACAAAACAAUAUCCGGUAUUUCUGGGUCACAAACCAGGACACGACUCUGCACAAAGGCACAGAUUGGACAUCCAGUUGGUCAUGAUCAUGGACAGAACCCUCUACAUUGCUGCUAGGGACCAUAUUUAUACUGUUGAUAUGGACAUAUCACAUACAGAAGAAAUUCAUUUUAGCAAAAAAUUGACAUGGAAAUCCAGACAGCCUGAUGUAGACACAUGCAGAAUGAAGGGAAAGCAUAAGGAUGAAUGUCAUAACUUUAUUAAAGUUCUCCUUAAAAAAAAUGAUGAUACGUUAUUUGUUUGUGGAACAAAUGCCUUCAGCCCCUCCUGCAGAACUUAUAAGAGAGAUACUCUGGAGUUUCUGGGAGAUGAGUUCAGCGGCAUGGCAAGGUGCCCUUAUGAUGCAAAGCAUGCCAAUGUUGCACUGUUUGCAGAGGGAAAGCUAUAUUCUGCCACUGUAACAGACUUCCUUGCAAUAGAUGCAGUCAUUUACCGGAGCCUUGGAGACAGCCCAACUCUGCGGACAGUCAAGCAUGAUUCAAAAUGGUUGAAAGAGCCUUACUUUGUCCAGGCAUUGGAUUAUGACAACUAUAUCUAUUUCUUCUUUCGAGAAAUCUCAGUGGAGUACCACAGCAUGGGAAAGGUUGUUCUCCCAAGAGUCGCUCGGGUCUGCAAAAAUGACAUGGGUGGAUCGCAGCGAGUUCUGGAAAAACAGUGGACUUCCUUCCUGAAGGCACGAUUAAACUGUUCAGUUCCAGGCGAUUCACACUUCUACUUCAACAUACUGCAGGCAGUUACACAUGUUAUCCAUAUCAAUGGCCGAGAUAUCGUAUUGGCCACUUUCUCCACUCCUUAUAACAGCAUCCCUGGCUCUGCUGUCUGUGCUUACGAUAUGCUUGACAUUGCCAAUGUAUUUACUGGGAGAUUCAAAGAACAGAAGUCUCCAGAUUCAAUAUGGACACCAGUUCCUGACGAACGAGUGCCCAAGCCCAGACCAGGUUCUUGUGCAGCCUCUGAUUUGCUUGAAAAAUACACAACUUCCAAUGAAUUUCCAGAUGACACUUUAAAUUUUAUCAAAACACAUCCUCUCAUGGACGAAGCAAUACCAUCAAUUAGCAACAAGCCGUGGUUUUUGCGGACAAUGGUCAGAUACCGCCUGACCAAAAUUGCUAUAGAUGCUGCUGCCGGACCACAUCAGGAUUACACUGUGGUAUUCCUUGGGUCAGAGAAGGGAAUCGUUUUGAAGUUCUUGGCCAGGAUAGGAAAGAGUGGUUUUCUAAGUGACAGCCUUUUCCUGGAGGAGAUGAACAUUUACAAUCCUGAAAAGUGCAGUUAUGAUGGGAUAGAAGACAAGCGAAUUAUUGGCAUGCAACUAGACAAGAAGAACAGCGCCCUCUAUGUAGCAUUCUCAACCUGUAUAAUAAGAAUACCCCUGGGAAGGUGCGAACGUCAUGGCAAGUGCAAGAAGGCCUGUAUAGCUUCUAGAGAUCCAUAUUGUGGAUGGAUGAAGGAAAAUGAAGCAUGCAUGCAGCUCUUGCCAGGAGAUGGCCUGGAGUUUGAGCAGGACAUAGAACAUGGCAAUACAGAUGGACUGGGUGACUGUCAAAAUUCGUUCGUAGCCCUGAAUGACAUUUCAACUAUUUCAUCAGAUCAUGAAAUGUCUUUCACUCCAGUGUAUGGGCACUCCAGUUCCCUACUUCCCAGCACCACCACUUCAGACUCUCCAGCCCAACAGAGCUAUGAUGCUUGGGGGCGCAUGCUAGAUUGGAAGGAUCCAGUUGGCUCAUCUGAAAACACAAAUCCAUAUGUGGCUGUUUCAUCCCAUAAUCACCAAGACAAGAAGGGAGUGAUUCGUGAGAGUUAUCUCAAAGGUCAUGAUCAGCUGGUGCCUGUCACCCUCCUGGCCAUUGCAGUCAUUCUUGCCUUUGUCAUGGGAGCUGUCUUCUCAGGAAUCAUAGUAUACUGCAUAUGUGACCAUCGACGCAGAGAUGUGACCAUUGUGCAGAGAAAGGAGAAGGAACUGACCCAUUCCCGACAAGGCUCCAUGAGCAGUGUCACCAAACUCAGCAGCCUCUUUGGGGACACUCAAUCCAAAGAGCCAAAGCCUGAAGCUGUUCUCACACCCCUGAUGCACAAUGGCAAACUUUCUACCCCAGGUAGCACUACCAAGAUGCUCAUCAAAGCUGAUCAACAUCACCUAGACCUGGCUGCACUACCAACCCCAGAGUCCACCCCAACUCUUCAACAGAAAAGGAAGCCCAGCCGAGGUAGCAGAGAUUGGGAAAGAAACCAGAACCUCAUCAAUGCCUGUACAAAAGAUAUCCCCCCAAUGGCAUCACCAGUUAUCCCCACUGACCUUCCACUAAGAGCUUCACCCAGCCAUAUCCCAAGUGUUGUUGUCCUUCCCAUUUCUCAGCAAGGCUAUCAGCAUGAAUAUGUUGAUCAGCCCAAAAUGAGUGAGGUAGCACAGAUGGCUAUGGAGGACCAAAAUGCCACACUUGAGUACAAAACCAUAAAGGAGCACCUCAGUGGAAAGAGCCCCAACCAUGGGGUGAAUCUUGUAGAAAACCUGGAUAGCAUUCCACCAAAAGUACCCCUGAGGGAAGCCUCCCUGGGUCCUCCUGGCUCAACUCUGUCUCAGAGUGGUUUGGGCAAACGAUUGGAAAUGCAUACUUCUGCUUAUAAUGUGGACUACAAAAGAAACUACCCUACGAACUCACUCACAAGAAAUCAUCAGACAUCGACUCUCAAAAGAAAUAAUACUAAUUCUUCUAAUUCCUCCCAUCUUUCCAGAAACCAGAGCUUUGGCAGGGGAGACAAUCCUCCCCCUGCCCCGCAAAGAGUGGACUCCAUACAAGUCCAUGCUGCUCAGGGUCAGACUGUGACUGUAUCAAGGCAGCCCAGUCUCACCACAUACAACUCACUGACAAGAUCAGGUUUGAAACGCACACCAUCAUUAAAACCAGAUGUACCACCCAAACCCUCCUUUUCCCCUCUUUCCACGUCCAUGAAGCCUAACGAUGCAUGUACAUAAUCACCGUGGCAGGAGGGGGACAAUAAGCGACCAGAGUAUGCCCUUAAAAAGCCAGUAUUUGGCAACUACGUUGCUAGUUUCAACUGAUACAAACACUGUUGCUAAGUUGAGGAUGUAUUGCUCUCUGGGGAAAGUGGAAUAUUUUUUAACAAUUGGGCCAUGCAAUCCAUAGUUUGCAACUGUAGGACCCACCCCAUGAUGCAACUGUUCUUUUACUCAAAAGACUAACCACAAACAUUGAGCCAAAAGCACACACAUGAACGAUGACUGUGAUUCUUCACUUUCAACUGCACGGAGCAUCUGGAACUGGGAAAUGACUGCUUUGAAAGUAAAAAACAUUGGGGAGGGGGAAAUAAGCAACAGCAAAAAAGGAAUUAAUUAAUUAAGCUAACUCUAACAGAACUAUGGCAGAUGUUUACUAUGUGCAGGUACUGUGAAAUGCCCAUCAGUGUUACAGCCAUUUUGUUAUAGCAGAUUGCCAUGUCGGGUAACAGCUAUUUCAUAGGUUUCUGCUACUCCUCUCUUUUAAUGAGUAACAUGUGACUGUUAACGCAAGUAACUCCUAUUAUUUAUUGUGCAUCCUUUUGUCUUUUUUUAUUCUUAAAGAAAUUACUUUUGCAUAUCAUCUGAGCAGCUCUCCAGAAGGAGGAAAAAUACGGUGAAAUUAUGCCUAUUUAACGUGAACCCAUUAACUGGAGUAAUUAAAACUCUUUUUUUAUUUUUCCAAUAAAUUUACUGAGUUAAAUAAGUUGGAGCUGGAAUUCUGAACUUUUGUGUUUGGACUGCUUGAUCUCUUUUGUGGAAAUAAAAAGGGGAAUAUUUAUUUAACUAUAGGCUUAUUUUGCUGGCUGGCUUUCCUGCCUCUGCGUCAGGCAGCAAACAAAUAAACCAAAAUCUCCUCCCCACUUCCUAUCUUCCUAGAGUUAACUGUGGAAAAAGCUCUUAAGAGCUGCAAUAUGUGCCCCAGUGCUGUGAACAUGGUCUUGUCAGUAUCUAAUGCUUUCUGUAAAGGCACCAGCUUGUUCUCUGCCAUCUCAUUUCACCCUUGCAUGUGAGAUGGCAAACAGAAAUCCACAAACAGCGUGAACUCAUUCAUAUGCUGGCACGAGCCAGGCAAAGAUUAUGGUCUUACUGCACGAGUUUUUAUUUUGUUUUGUUUUUGGUGGAUUAUAUCUGUGCAUAGCCUGUUUUCUUCCACAUGUAAAUUUGUGCCUUAUACCUUCAGUUGUGUAUCUUGUGAGAUCUAGUAUGUAAAACCUUAUCCCCCCUUUAGACUAAAUUGGAUAUUUAUUUAACUCCAUCCUCACUUGCUCCCCUGAAGAUUUAGGACUGCAGUUUAAAGAAGAAUGUUGUGGUUACUGUAAUAACAUGCUGGCUCAUGUGGAGACAGGGCAGUAGCAAUAGGCAUGGCUUCAUUUUGACUUUUUAGUUGUGCCAAUUUGGUUCUCAAACCACCCUUGGGCGAAAUUGGCAGAACAGACACUAUAUUGUGGGAAGAGUUUCUCUCUGCCUGAAAGUUUUCAUAUAAUUAUUGCUAAUCAGCAAGAAUUCUAGGGUGUCCAUUGGAGGUGAGCACUGCAUGUAACUGGCUGUCAUCUGACAAGAAAAAAACUCAGGCAUAAAAGUGUAGCACAUAUACUGCAUAUGAAAUGGAAAAUAGUAUAUAGCAGAGUGCUUCCUGCUGUUUCUCAGUAACUGCUACUGUAACACAAUUUCAGGGGAAAUCCAGUUUUCAUUUCAUUGGUUUCCAUUUAUUGGGGGAGCAUGUGGGUGCACAGAGUGUGUGUGUGCGUGUAUGUUUUGAUACUUUCUCAGUUGUUUAUGCACAAGCAUAGAUUUUUUUAAUGUUACUUUAACUGUGUCAACAUGCUGAAGCAAAAAAAAGGUGUGCGUGUUUUUAUAUUGUGUGGACGGAAUGUGCGAGAGAAGAGUAGUCUUUCAGUUUGAAUUUAUGAAAAUAAUUUGUAUACUUCAUUUGGAUUUUGUUUGCUGGACUGAGGGAGAAGAGGUGUUUUGUUUUUGAAUGAUCAAGAGAAGGAAAGUUUUUAAACUGGGUAGCACAUAGGUAGCUGUUAAAAAAAUCAGGAGAGAAAAAAAAUCAAAGGUUGUAACAAGGGUGCUUGGUGGAAUCUUGCCUCGUCCUCUCUGCCCCUUAGCUAAGCUGGUUUAUUUAUCAUACAUGAACAAGCCAUCCUGAAAUCAAAGUAGUGCAUCUGCUGAGGUGUUUUGUUUUUUGUUUUGUUCCAAUUUCUUCCUAAGCUGCAGAUAGCAGGGAAUACAUCAGGGAAAAAAGUAAAAGAUCAACCCAGCUAUUUCUUCCCAAGAUCAACCCCCUAGAGUUCCAAAGGGCACAGUACCCCUUGCUACAUCAGAACAAAGUAUUCUGUCAUAAUGUGGAAAUGAAUAAUCAGUGCAGCCUUGUACAGAGAUCUGUCUUUGUAAUAUACAUCACGCCAACAACUGGGUUGACCUUGAGAUACCCAUUUUGUACUCUUGAGUGUGUUUUCUGUUCAAAUUCUUCCCUUUUUCCUCCCACCCACCUCUUUUCACCCCUUUAUGUAAAGAGGUUCUUAGACCUACGUGUGCCUUUGCUUUCCACCCUUGCUAUACACUGGUAGACAAAGGAAAUUCAGUCUCUCAUUUGUUGUAAAGUUGUACAAUAUUGUGAUGUCAGCAAAUUUCCCUUCAUCUCCACACACCCCUAACAUCUGAUUCACAAUUUAAUGUAUGUUGGGUUUUUCAAAAAAGAAAAGAAAAAAGAUUUAAAUAAUAGAAAAAGAAAAGGUGGCAAGGCAAGAAAAAAAAGCUUGGUGACAUAAAGUAAUAAAAGCAGACUGUUGUACCUUA